AUGGCUGCAUCUAAGCGAGAAAGGGUCCACAUAACUGGUUUGGUCCAUCCGUGGAGCGCUUUCCGAUCGAAGAAGCAUAAUGGAAAGAUUUUCUACUUCAAUUCAGUAACUGGAGAGUCUACCUGGAAAAUGCCAAGCAUUUUGAGUCUUAACAACGUAUCCAAUUCCUCCAUCAGUGUCUCAAAAAGGUCUAAAAACAAAAAGAAAAACACAGCUUUAGUCACUAAUCGUAAACGCACUGAUGACCAGCAUGAAACGUUGGAGGAUUACAUAAGGCUUCCUAGAAUGGCUUCUUCAAGCGAUACCCAGAUGGAGGUCGAUGAUAAUGAAGGAAAAGAUUUCUCAGCCGUGGUAUCUCAAAAUAAUGAGCCUAUGGAGGUCGAUAUUGUUGGGGAAAUAAACGCUUAUCGGCAAGAAUCUGUCGGAGUUGCUUCACAGUAUUCUGAAUUCUCAUUUUCUUCUUUCAUGAAAAAUCAUGCUAAUGCAACUGCUUUCUGGGAACAGAGGGCCAAACGAACUUGUGUUUUGAUUGUCGUUGACACUUGUUUGUUACUGCAAGAUAUUUCAGUGUUGAAGCAGGCUGCUAUUGCUGAUGGCAUCUCAUUGCUGAUUCCGUACAUUGUUCUAGAAGAAUUGGAUGGCCUUAAAAUUAAGGGUACUUCUGCAAUCUCGGCUAAAGUUCGCAGGGUGAUUAGUUUUUUGUUGCAGUUUUGUGAAGAAGGAAAUGAUUGUGUUUAUUUAGAGAACUAUUUUGAGCAUCAGAAAUACGUUCAUGAAUUGGGCCAUGGUUAUGAUGGUGACGAUAUGGUCCUCAAGUGUGCUUUAGCGGCAAAAAUGAAAAGUGAGCAAGCGCAAGAUGGAAUUGAUGUGUACCUUGCGACCUGCGACAAGAAUCUUGCUCUCAAAAGUAGGGCGGCGCAGUUAACAGUGAUGUCUUAUGAGGAUGUUUUGGACAUUGUUCGGCAGUUUAGGGAACUCGACAAGAUGCGAAAUCAUAAUCUGCAUUUGGAAAAAAAUCGCAUUGGUGGGCAUUCUCAUCGUAAUCGUAGUCAUAAACGUCUUCCAGAAAAAAUGAAUCAGAUGAAAUUGACGUGUCUGUGA